UAACAGGGGCAGGAUAGGCCCAGGCAGAGAGCUGCACUACUCUCCUCCUCUACACUGGAACAGUCCCUCUAGCUCCUAAAAGGGGGGCUUUAAUCUAUAGAUCCAGAAGGAGUGGGAGGCAGAAAGAAGACCGAGGGGAAGGAUGACAGGGAGAAGACCGGGCUAGCUCUACUCUGAAGUUGCAUCAGAUGUGCUGUGUUGCUAACUGGGGGGCUUGAAAGUGCCGUCAUGAGCUCCCAUGUGGGAGCUUCUGGUGGAAAUGGCUCAAGCAGAGUUGGACAUAGUGAAACUGAGGAUGCCAGGGAAGAAAACAGUAACAAUGAGACUCACUUGCUGUGCUUUAAGACAGUGAGACCUAGACUAAGGAGUGCAGAUCCAGCCGGAGAAAGAGGUUCGAGCAGUGUGGAGCAGCUGGUGAGGCCUCCCCUGUCAGGGAGAAAAGCGCUCAGAAAGACCUGCCAUGAAGACAACAGAGGAAGAUGGAGAGAGGGAAACCAGGACAGGGGUGAGGAGAGAGUGAGUGCCGACCAUUCAGGGGCCAGGGAAAGAGGGAAACAAAGGCAGAGAAAGAUGGAAAGAGCUGACACACGUGAGGAUGGAGCCCAGGACACACAUGGACGAGGAAGCAGUGAAAGUUUGUCCAGCAGUAAUUCUGAUAUUCACUUAAACAGCAUUUUGGAGGCUGGAGAAGGAUCAAACGGCUCACAGAGAGGGCACACAGGUUUUAGACCUCAGGGCAUUGGCUGCACACGGACGUCCUCUUCCAGUCCAAACUCUCAGUCCCCUUGGCCUGCAGUCCAAACCCGAACCAUACCUCUGUCUCCUCAUAGACUCUCAUCCAGGCCGACCGCUGCAGACUUGCACCGCUACACAUUCAGCCCAUCCAGAGAGCCGGAUCCGUUCUGGGUGGAGGUGAGAACGCAAAGCCGCCGGGGAUCGACACACGUUCCACUCCUCACCUUCUCAGAGGUACGGGAGGAGGAAGAGGAGGAGGAGGAAGACGAGGAGAAUGGGGAAGAUGGUGAGGAAGGGGGCAGCGGCGUGAUGGAGGUGAUGGGUCAAACGCUGACCUCUGCAGUCGUGCCGCCUUUUGUUUCCCUCGAGGAGAGGAGGAUGAGUAAAAGACAGAAGAACAGGAUUAAAAGCCUGAGGAGGAGGCAGAGAAGAAGGGAGAAAUGGAGACAGAGUCAACAGCACGAGAGCAGACAGAGCUCAACGGGGAACCCAUCCAGCAGCAGCAGCAGCACCAGCAGCAGCAACGGGAGCGAGACUGACGAGGCCCUGAGCACCAGGGACAGAGAAGGUUACAUCUGCGCUGUGUGCUUGGAUGUGUACUUCAGUCCUUACAUGUGUCAUCCCUGCAGCCACAUCUUCUGUGAACCCUGUCUGAGGACGCUGGCUAAGAGCAACCCCACCAAUACCCCCUGCCCCCUGUGCAGAAGCGUCAUCACUCACGUCUUCUUCCAAAAGGAACUGAACCAAACGGCAAGGACAUUAUUUCCAAAGGAAUAUCUUUCCCGGAAACAGAACUUUCAGAAAGCAAGUUGCGCAAAGUGGCCUCUCCCGAGCUGCCGGAAACUCUUCCGCAUUUUUGGAGCAGGCUUCCAGAGGCAGCCCAGCCCCAUCGCCAGACGCCAGUUCCCCCACAGAGGAGGCUACCGUCUGGACGCCAUGGACUUCGAGGACGACUCUCGAGGCUGGCGAUUUGACAUGGACAUGGUCAUCAUCUACAUCUACUCGGUCAACUGGAUUAUCGGCUUCUUCAUAUUCUGCUUCAUCUGCUAUUUUUUCUUCCCUUCCUUUUAACGGAAACGGGGGAAAAUAAGGGACAACGUAGAAAGAGGAAAGGUGAAAGAAGGAUGAGGGUAAAGUGAGGAGUUCAAGGUGAAGCAGGUGGCUGGUAAGUGCAUAUCCGGUGUACUGAGAGGAAAAGGAGCAAACUAAGUUGUAGGGUUUGAUAAGAAGCUAACGAAUGGAUUUCAGGCAGGUGGAAUAGCGUGAUGCAGGAAAACAACAGUGUGCCUACUCGUUGUCUCUCAAUAAUAAAUAAUUGAAAUGUGGAAUUGGUGUAGGGGGUGUUUGGGAGUCGAGCAUCCUGUGUUCUCCACAUGAUGCGCACACACAACACAUCCUGGCCCCGUGUGGAGCGGGGAGCAGUCAAAAUAUAAGAGCUUUUACCUUGCAGGGUUUCACUUUUAACAUUCACUAAGGCUCAAAGCUGGACUGUUCUUUGAUUACCUCGCUAAUGUGUGCUGACAUGUUAAUGACUGCAAAUUUCAUGCUAUCACAAAUUGAAAAGAAAAUUGCAUUUAGCUGUUACUUCAACUGCUUAAUUGCCAACUUCCACUUAUUGCCAACCUCCCAUUUUAUGACAGAAUAUCGCUUAAUUGCGUGACAAUAUUCCUAAAUGGAUUUUGAUCAAAAUAUCAAAAGUGUAAAGUCAAAUAAUAAAAAUAACCCACUAAAUUAAUGGUGUAUUUUGUACUAACACUGUGCUUAAAACCCAGAACAUUACAUGUCAGAGCUAACACAGGUAUCAUCAUUACAUCAUAAUUAAUAUAAUCAAAAAAACAAAACAAUUAUGUAGCUCUAAUCAAAUGAAAGAUUGGUAUUUGUUUACAGUUUUAUGAGUAUCUGCAUUCCAGUUUCCAACCAUACACUACAACAUUACUACUCACACCUUUAAGACUCACAUAUGAAUUUUCAAUACACUUUCAUUACAAAUUGUUCUUUGAGUCUUCUUUGAGUUAGAGGGAAUACUGUGUUUUGUUUGUUCCUAUGCAGCCCCUGGAGGGAGCAAAUGUUUGCUUGUAUGGAGUCGCUGAAUUUUAUGUCAAAUAAAGUAACACAUACAUAGUG